CAUAUGGUUUGACGUUUCUUAAUGUGGUCUCUUUAUGCUGGUGUUUGUUAUGUUUAUAUUGUUUCGAAAUGCGAUGAAAGUUAUAGAUUCUUAAAUUUUUAGUGACUAAUAAUGUGUGAUGAGGGAAGUGAUUGUACGGAUAUUUCAGAAUUCAGACCUGGUGAAAGGUGGCCGCCCGUUGGUGCUAAUGAACUCGAUGACGAAACAGUUUCAUGUGGACAGAACGAUUGCAGGUUUACACCAGAAGAGAAAAGGUUGCGAGAUCUUGAGGAGCAGCAUGAGUCACUUAAUAGUGCACUUAUAUCUCUGACAACACAUUUUGCACAAGUGCAAUUUAGACUUCGGCAGAUAGUGGAGACAGAACCGGGAGAGGAAAAAGAAAAGUUGUUAAAAGACUUGGAAGCAUUUGCUUUCAGAGGAAUUCCUGAUGCUCCAGACAAAAAACUACAGGGGAUGCUUUUCCCCCCUCACUUUAGUAGUGAUGAUUUUGAGGAAAAAAUGCGCCGACAGAGAGAAAAACAAAAGGAACUCAUUUCACAGUUGAAAACACAGUUGGAAGAUUUGGAAAAAUAUGCAUAUGAAACAGGAGAAGCAGGUUUACCACAAAGUGUGCUUAUGGAACGGCAGAAAAUUAUCAUUGAUCAGCUGAAAGGGAAAUUGAACUUGAAUGUUGAUGACAUGUCCAAACUUACUGUGGAUGAUAUAAGAAGUGAAGUGGACCAGGCAAUCAGUAAACUUAUUAACCCACUGAAGAUGAAGGAAAAUUUGGUAAUGCAACUGAAAACACAGAUUUCAGACUUGGAGCGAUUCAUUGAAUUUCUUCAAGGUGAAGGUACUCCUGAAGUUUCAACAGGUGAUAAAGAAUGCGUACAUAAUUGCCCUGUUCACUGUGGGAAAUAUUCCUCGUAUUCAUCCAAGAAGAAAUAUAACUUUAGAAAUAGGGAUGAUAUUCGAGAGGAAACUAUUAAUAUAAUGAAGAAAGCUGCUUCUCUUUUACACAUGUUUGCUGCACUGCAGUUUGGAUGUGGUACAGAUAAAUUUAGGAAAAACUCUCUAAAAAGAACUGUUAAGGCAAAUCAUUGGGGGGAUUUAAGAGCUCGAUUGGAACUUGCAGUGGAUGAAGUUCUGUCAUUGAUCCUAAACCCUGUAAAAAAUGUUGAUGCAGAUUAUAUGUCAGAUUCUGAUCAUGAUUCAGCUUUACUAUGCAAUGCUGCAUUAACAUCUGCAGUUAGGAAAAAGCUUGCUGUGAGCAUAAAAGAUCUUUUGCAACAUGGUCUGAUGCCUAUUGGUCAAAGUGUAAGUGUGGUUCCAUUCAUUGCCUGUUUUCCUCAAACUAGUGAAAUAGAAAGAGAAGAGAUGCAUGCCUGGGAGUUGAUAUUAAAAUAUUAUGAGCUAAAGAAUGGCGAGAAAUACAAUUCGACACCAGCAAGAAAACUGUCACAGAGCUUUAAUCUUGAUAUUGUUGGAGGAAAUGCAAUCUCAAAUAAACAGAGCUUGUUGAGUGUCAUUGGAAACAUAAUUGUUACACACGCAAAAUACAAGAGAAGUUAUGAUUCACAUCUUAAAGCAUUUAUAUGUGCAGCUUUAAAUGCACAGAAGCUCGUCACUUGGCUGCGGCUCAUUUUACGGUGUCAGAAGCUUGUAGACAUGUACUACCAGUCCUGGAGUUACGUCGUUAAAACAGGAUUUGAAGACAGUUUUCAGAGCCUUGAUAGGCUGAGCCGGUUCAAAUUUGAUUUACCAGUUGAUUUGGCUGUUCGACAGUUGCAAAACAUCAAGGAUGCAUUCUGAAUCAAGACCUUUACUCUAUUGAAUGAACUUUUUAUAAUUCUCUCUCUCUCUCUCUCUCUCUCUCUCUCUCUCUCUCUCUCUCUCUCUGACACACACACACACACACACACACACACACACACACACACACACACACACAACCUUAAAGAUAUAUUUAUAUAAACAGAGUAAAAGCAUUUUUUAAUUUUCAGUGCGGUAAUUGUGCUUGUGUGAUGAUAAUAAAAAAAGAUAGCACCUAAAAUCAAAGAUGUGUGCAGAAUAUUAUAAAUUUGUCUGAAAAAUAACACCAAGAACAUCUACCAAAAGAAG